GCUGGGUUCCGGAGAGGUGUUGCCGCGGUGGUCGCGAUGGGAAAGUCAGAUUUUCUUACCCCGAAGGCCAUUGCCAACAGGAUCAAGUCCAAGGGUCUUCAGAAGCUGCGCUGGUAUUGCCAGAUGUGCCAGAAGCAGUGCCGGGACGAGAAUGGCUUUAAGUGUCAUUGUAUGUCCGAAUCUCAUCAGAGACAACUAUUGCUGGCUUCAGAAAAUCCUCAGCAGUUUAUGGAUUAUUUUUCAGAGGAAUUCCGAAAUGACUUCCUAGAACUUCUCAGGAGACGCUUUGGCACUAAGAGAGUUCACAACAACAUUGUUUAUAAUGAGUAUAUCAGCCACCGAGAGCACAUCCACAUGAAUGCCACUCAGUGGGAAACUCUGACUGACUUUACCAAGUGGCUGGGCAGAGAAGGCUUGUGCAAAGUGGAUGAGACACCUAAAGGCUGGUAUAUUCAGUAUAUAGACAGGGACCCGGAAACUAUCCGCCGGCAACUGGAACUAGAGAAAAAGAAGAAGCAGGACCUUGAUGAUGAAGAAAAAACUGCUAAAUUUAUUGAAGAACAAGUGAGAAGAGGUCUGGAAGGGAAAGAACAGGAAGUUCCUGUUUUUACAGAAUUAAGCAGAGAAAAUGAUGAAGAGAAAGUGGCAUUUAAUUUGAAUAAAGGAGCAUGUAGUUCGACAGCAACAUCUUCCAAGUCAAGUUCUUUGGGACCAAGUGCAUUGAAGGUGAUAGAGGCCACAGCAUCAGUGAAACGGAAAGAACCUUCCCAUAGCUCAGCUCAACCAAAAGAAAAGAAGAAAAAGAAGUCUGCACUGGAUGAAAUCAUGGAGAUUGAAGAGGAAAAGAAAAGAGCUGCCCGAACAGACUACUGGCUACAGCCUGAAAUAAUUGUGAAAAUUAUAACCAAAAAACUUGGAGAGAAAUAUCACAAGAAAAAAGGCAUUGUUAAGGAAGUAAUUGACAAAUAUACAGCUGUUGUAAAGAUGAUUGACUCUGGAGAUAAGCUGAAACUUGACCAGACUCAUUUAGAAACAGUAAUUCCAGCACCAGGAAAAAGAAUUCUUGUUUUAAACGGAGGCUACAGAGGAAAUGAAGCUACCUUAGAAUCCAUCAAUGAGAAGACAUUUUCAGCUACUAUAGUCAUUGAAACUGGCCCUUUAAAAGGACGCAGAGUUGAAGGAAUUCAAUAUGAAGACAUUUCUAAACUUGCUUGAGUUUGAAAAUUUGUGAACGUAUUAAAAUACUAAAGCAUCAAAUUGGUGUUCGCCAAGGCAUUAUGA